AUGAGGAGCCCUGAGGGAUAUCUUGACAACAUAACAGCAAUUGGGCCCAGAACAGUUGGAAGUCCAGAAAAUGAAGUUCUUGCAGUUAACUACCUCUUAGAACAAAUUAGGGCAAUAGAAAGAGAAAGCACAGAUGCUCACAAGUUAUCUGUAGACAUACAGAGGCCUACAGGCUCCUUCAGCAUUGACUUUUUAGGAGGCUUUACUAGUUACUAUGCAAACAUAACCAAUGUCGUAGUGAAGCUGGAACCCCGAAAUGGAGCUGAGCAUGCAGUGUUGUCCAAUUGUCACUUUGAUUCCGUACCAAAUACCCCGGGUGCCAGUGAUGAUGCUGUUAGCUGCGCAGUGAUGCUUGAAAUACUUAGCACACUUUCAAAAUCAUCAGAGCCCCUGCAGCAUGCUGUGAUAUUCUUAUUUAAUGGUGCAGAAGAAAAUAUUUUGCAGGCUAGUCACGGCUUCAUUACACAACAUGAGUGGGCCAAGUCAAUUAGAGCUUUUAUUAACCUGGAGGCAGCAGGUGUAGGAGGAAAAGAACUUGUUUUUCAAACAGGACCUGAGAAUCCUUGGUUGGUACAAGCGUAUGUAGUUGCAGCCAAACAUCCCUUUGCGUCUGUGGUGGCACAGGAAAUAUUUCAGAGUGGUAUUAUCCCAGCAGAUACAGACUUCCGUAUCUACAGGGACUUUGGCAAUGUUCCAGGAAUAGAUUUGGCUUUUAUUGAAAAUGGCUACAUUUAUCAUACGGAAUAUGACACAUCAGACAGAAUUUUAACAGAUUCCAUUCAGAGAGCAGGUGACAAUAUUCUGGCUGUCCUAAAAUACCUAGCAACAUCAGAUAAGUUGGCUAAAUCUUUUGAGUAUCGACAUGGAAAUGUUGUGUUCUUUGAUGUACUUGGUUUAUUUGUCCUGGCUUAUCCUGCCCGUGUUGGCACCAUCAUGAACUAUAUUACAGCAGCAAUCGCCUUUCUUUACUUAAGUAAGAAAGUAUUCCAGCCCAAAACCCGAGCUGUUCAUAACCUGAAGAAAUUCCUUACUGCAUUUGGCUUAACACUGUUAAGUUGGGUCUGUUCAAUGGUGACAGUCCUUAUAGUGGCAGUGUUUGUCUCCGUCAUUGGACGGUCUCUUUCUUGGUACACCCAUUUCUAUGUUUCUGUGUUUCUGUAUGGCACUGCAGCUGCAGCUACGCUCAUUCUUGUGCAUACACUAGUCAAGAAGUUCUUCUACAAGAAUGUGAAUGAGCAGUACCUGGGAGAUAUUUUUUUUGAUGCCUCAUUGAUGAUUUGGUCUAUAGCAUUGGCUGUGAUUACUCAGAUGGGCCUUUGUUCAGCAUUCAUUUGUACAUUAUGGGUAGCAUUUCCUUUACUUGCUAAGCUGAUGAUCCAUAAAGAAUUCAGCCAAAAAGGUGCCACAAUGAAAUUUGUCAUGAUGUACAUGCUGGGAAUGUUUGUUCCCUAUCUGUAUAUGAUGUAUCUUAGUUGGACUGUAUUUGAAAUGUUUACUCCUAUCAUGGGACGAAGUGGCUCAGAAAUUCUACCAGAUGUGGUGUUGGCAGGAUUUAUUGUGGUCAUCACUAUGAUUCUGUCAUCCUACUUUAUUAACUUCAUUUACCUUGUCAAAAGUACAAAAGCGACGCUAAUAACUUUAACUACUAUGUUUGUAGUCACUCUGAUUCUCGUUGGUAGUGGAAUCUUCUUUCCUUACAGUUCUGAUGCGACUAAUCCAAAGCCUAAACGAGUCUUUCUCCAGCACACAAGCAGGAGAUUUCAUGACCUAGAUGGAAAUGUGGUUAAAAGUGACUCUGGUAUAUGGAUUAAUGGAUUUGAUUAUAAUGGAAUAUCUCACAUAACUCCCCAUGUACCUGAAAUCAACGAUACCAUUAGAACUCCAUGUGAGGAGCAGGCUCCUUUCUGUGGUCUUCCUUGGAUUCUGCCAGUGCAUUUCAUGUUCCGGAAAAACUGGUAUCUGCCUGCUCCAGAAAUUUUUCCAAGAAGCCCCAUUCACUUUAAAGUUCUGUCCAAGGAGCUGAUGCCCUGGAACAGUGUGAGGUUAAGCUUUGAAGUAUCUGGUCCAAGUCACAUGUCUCUGUAUGUUCGGCCACAUGAAGGGUCAGCUCUGUCCACCUGGUCUCUCGGGGAUGGUAUACCAGUUGCUAGCUUAGGAGGAGACUACUUUGUGUUUUACUCCCACGGGCUGCAGGCUACACCAUGGCACUUCUGGGUAGAACUGACGGUCCCAGAAAAGCAUUCUGAUGGAAUAGUCUCUCUCGCUGUAGCAGCACAUUACUUUUUUGGAGAAGAUCAAAAGUCACCUCAACUAUAUGCCUUACUGGAGAGGUUUCCAAACUGGACGUUUUCUUCUGGUUGGUCCUGCACUUACGACCUUUUUGUCUUUUAAUGUUGACAGUAAUGGAGUGCUAAUAGAGUAAUCUCUCUGACAAAUUUAUUCUAACAAGAUGCCAGAGCCAGAGACUUUCACAAGAAUUUAAAGUACUUUGUCGACAAAUGGUGUUUCUUUGGCAGUUGGACU